AUGUUGCACUGCUAUGCACACACACUCGUCUCGUUGAUACCCUCAUUUUGGUAUAGGUGGUAUAUCCUUACCAGGUUAACACCAAGCAUCUGCCGGUGUGUAAUAAUCUGUCUGCUCGUCUACAUCCCGUCACUCGUCCAGGCCAUCACAUUCGCGUUCUCCACUGACCCCGAGCCGGCCAUCCGUGAAAUCCUCCUUACCAAGUUCCCGGCACAAAAUUGGACAGGAACGACCAUCUCGGGUCAUUUGUCAAUUGUGAAUUUCGAGACGUUAUUUACGAUUCUUUGGCUGUGCCUAACAUGCGCACCCGUCUACGUUGUCGUCACGAUAUUUCGGAAUAAAAUUCAUAAUGUCCUUGAAGUGGUCCGAAUGAGUCCAAAGACAAAAGAAGUUCACCGGCAACUUGUGAAGGCUCUCUGGUUGCAAGCUUGUCUCCCUCUCCUCUUCUCUGGAGCCGUUAUGUGUUACGCCGUGGAACAACUCCAAAUCGUCCAGCACCCACUUCUAGAAUACCUUGUUUUUCACAUUGUCGGCCUCGUCCCGGUGAUCGCCCCUUUUCUCUCGCUGUAUUUCGUGUCUCCCUACCGGAGAGCGAUCAAGCGAUUCCUGCACAUCGGCAAGCCGGGCAAAACCAAAUAUUAUGACAGCGCCAGCCACAUCCUUCCACCAACACCAAAAAGCUCCAAACCAGGCCCAGCAAUAUCGUUGACCACCUCCGACCCCGAAAAACUCGAAUCUGGAGGAGAAAUCACCUUG